AUGGCUACACCGUGGUCGUGGAGGCUAGAUCCACAUCCUGGAUCCUCUGCGUCCCUUGGUCCCGCCGCUUCGGCGAGGUUCGGUUCUACAGAUCCACUGACGUCGCUUUCCCAUGGUUGGGCAGCAGCUGCGUCUGACGAGAUCUUUUGGCAAGACUUUCGACCGACGACUAAGAGACUAUCCCGAAGGGACACAAAGGUAGCAAGACUGCAUCGCUUUGACAGCGACGACGAGCACGGCUCUGAUCGGACGGUCCAGACGAAGAAGGAGGCGGAUGCGCUGGCCCUGGAAGCGGGGUCAUCGGUGGAAGCGGAAUCAGAAGAAGAAGACGCGAUUGCUUUGGGAGAAUCGUCAAGCGAGGAAUCGCACGUAUCGGAAGAUAUCAAGGACGAAAUCGUCGAUAGCGAGUUUCAGGUUAAAGCGGAAGGCGAGGCCGACGAGGUCCUAACACAGAGCUUGGCUGCCAUGAAGCGUAAACGCGGUCGACCCAAACACACUCAAGCAGACACCGACUCUUCCAUUCACGUCAUUGCGCGAGCGAUACACAAGCAUGCUUCCGCUAACAGUGACUCUGUUCCAGAGCACAUUGUCCGCAUUGACAGUGCCAACAACUCACUGCGGCCACUAACGUACAAAGAAACGGUCCGGCUCGUCCGGUUGAUCUCGAUGCUCUUUCGCUUUCCCAAAUCAUCCCGUCGCAUCGUGCGUCGUCGACACCGGCCCGAUCAGGCCAUCUCCGCUUCAACCUUUAUGCCCAGUCUCCAUCCGGAGGCAGCGUCCAUGAACAAGUCUGGACAAAGCACGUCAACGCUCGAGCAGGAGCCAAAAAGUAUAGACACUUCAUCAUCUUGCACGCACAGACCGCGCAUCCUGGCCAAAGUACAUCCAGACGACGCGUCUCCCAAUUCACCCGCCGUUCUGAAGCUCAUUGCUCUCAUCCCGGCCGCAUUACCCGCACGAGUCCACUGCACCGACUGGAUCGUAGAGUUAGCAGUCCAAGCGAGGCGAGAUGAAUACGGAAACAUAUUGCUUCCGAACAGUGCGUAUACUCAUACGGAGGCGGAGCGGGACGCAAGUGUCGAUAUGGAACCGAGCGACUCUGUUGAUACCACGGCAGGAGUGGACAGUGGUGAAGGAGGCAAGAUUACAAGGUCAAUGAGGCAGAGAUUGGGUAAAGACGCACCCAGCAUUCCGUUACCGAAGUUUUGGCGCAGACCAACAUUGCAAGCGAGCGUGAUCAAGUGCAACGAUGGAAAUGGUGUGUGUAAGACGGAAGAAAUGCAGUCGUCUUGUUCGACGCCAGAUGUUGAUGCUGAAGGGCAAAUGUUGCGUCAGGAAGAGGCCGAGGUCUACGCGCUGGUUUCUCCAGCUACCGACCAAAGCAGCAGCGACACUGCACCUUUACCCUCCCCGCAACCUGCGAGAUCUUCGUCCAACAUCGACGAAGACUCGCAUCCGCCGUCAUCGUCACCUCCACCUUCAUCUGGCUCGACUGGUCGACGUGCGGUCAAUCUGUCCAAACUCGUUGCCAAGCGUAUGCGCGAAAAACGGCAAGCAAAGACGCUGUUACUUCGAACGCACCAGUCGUUGCGGAGAAGGAUGCAGAGUGGUGAUGGGGAUGGGCAACUGGGCGAUGAAGAGACAGACGGCGGAGAAAUAGAUGAGGUGACGCUCAAGAAUACGAUUGCCAAUAGCAGCGGAAGCAGCAACGCCGUAUAUACUACUGAGGCGGAGGACGCAGCGCGGGGGUUCAACAGGACGUCUACCGGUGCAGAGCAAGAGACCAAGACGUCUGCGUCGGUACAGCCAGAGGCUCGAGAGGUCGCUCCGUAA